GCCUUGUAUCCCACAAUGCCGAGCGCAGACAUGGCGGCGGGGCCGAGCGUGGCUGCCUCCGCCUCCGUCUCCGGACACGACCAUGUCCCCGAUUAUGAGCUGAUAGAUGUAAACACAAAAGCCUUCAAUGUCGGCAGCUUCGGUGCGCUGUGGCGAGAGAAGCUGAAGAAGACGGACAUGGCGCUGGGUCGCGAAGGGGACGUGGUGCAGCAGCUGGUUGCCCAGCGUAGCCUGCCCACCAACAUGGUGGACGAGUUGCAGAUGGUGUGCAGUGUAGAUACAUUGGACUGCUCAAAGGAGACAACCAAUUCAGAUGUUAUUCCGCAAGAUACAGAUCUGGUCACGUUACAAAUCCGAAAGAAAGUAAUUGAAAAGAAAGAAGAGCGGUUGAUGUGUGACCGUACAUGUCGGCAACAUAUAUUUGAACAAGAACAUGAAAUGCAAACUGUGGGAAGGAAGCCCAGUAAUUCAGAAAAUUUUGUUCCAGCUGGAGAGGUUAUCCUAACUAUUAAUAUAUACUCCCCUGUUAUAUUUACCAAGCACAGAGAAAAUAAACCCUAUAAUACUAUGCUCGUUCUGGGUAGUCAGAAUCUAACAGAAGUAAGGGAUGCCAUUUCGUGUGUCAGUGAUCUCCAGAUAGGUGGGGAGUUCAGCAACACACCAGACCUAGCUCCAGAGCAUAUUAGCAAGGACUUGUACAAAUCAGCAUUUUUCUUCAUUGAAGGAACUUUCUAUAAUGACUUGAGAUAUUCUGAAUGCGGAGAUCUGAGCAGGACCAUUGUUGACUGGGCAGAGUCUCAUGACAGAGGCUAUGGCAAGUUUCAUACGGCUAAAAUGGAAAACUACACUUUCAAUGAUAUGUGCAUUAAAGUUGGCUAUCCAUACCUGUAUUGUCACCAAGGAGAUUGUGAACAUAUUGUCAUCAUCACAGAUGUCAGAAUUGUCCAUCGUGAUGAUUGUCUAGACAAGACAUUAUAUCCAUGUGUGAUCAAAAAACCCUGGUUGUGGACUCGGAAGUGUUCUGUUUGCAAGUUAUUUAUUGUCAGGUGGGUGACCAACAAUGAUAGUUUAGCUCCCGAGGACCCAUGCUGCUUCUGCGAUACUUGUUUCAGGAUGCUUCAUUAUGAUGCUGAUGGGAAUAAAUUGGGAGAAUUUCUUGCAUAUCCUUAUGUUGAUCCUGGGAUUUUUAAUUAAAAGUUGUCACAGUG